AUGGUCCCAAUUCCCAAGAUUGUCAUCGCUGGAGGUGGAAUUGUCGGCAACUCCAUUGCCUAUUUUUUGAGCAAACGCCAAGUCCCUGUAACCUUGAUUGAUCCUGUGGGAAUUGCUCCCUGUGCCAGUGGCAAGGCCGGUGGCUUCUUGGCCAAGGAUUGGAGGGAUGGCACAGACUUGCAAGAACUGCAACGAGCAGGGUUCGAACUGCAUCAGACCUUGGCCAAUGAAUUGGGAGCCUCCAAUAUAGACUAUCGUCGAUUGACCUGUCAAGCAGUCGCCGUGGAUGCCUCUCAGCAAACCAAGAAACCGACCAAGAAUCGCAAGAGCAAAACUUUGGAAUGGGUAGAUCAUGACGGAGUUUUUGGAAGUUCUUCCAUGGGAGACAAACAAACUAUUGCUCAAGUGCAUCCUAAGAAACUGUGUCAAGAACUAUGGAAGUAUUCUGAGAGUCAAGGGUCCGUUCUCAAAAUUGGAAAGGUAGUCAAGGUUUUAUCUACUACUGCUGAUUCUGAUGCUGAUGCCGAUGCCGAUGCCUCUGAAGCGUCAUCUCCUCAUAAUAUUCAACUAGAAGACGGUUCCAUCAUUCCCGCCGACAAGUUUGUCAUUGCCUGUGGUCCAUGGACCGAACACGCACGUGAUUGGUUCCCCAAAGACGUCCAAGACUCCUGCUGGCCUGUCAUUACUGGCGUCAAGUGCCAUUCCGUAUUGGUACAGGCACCGAAAACCUUGUCCGAAGCUGUCUUUUUUGAACGGGCACCCUGUUCUGCAAAAUCACACGAAAAAGAAGAAGAAGCUUCCAAUAGCCUAGACAACAAAUUACUGACAUCGGAACAACUUUCUAGUGUGGAAGUCUAUCCCAGACCGGACGGCGAUGCCUAUGUGAAUGGGUUCGAAGGUGACGAAGCUGUCAUUCCAGAAGAACCCGGACAGGAAGUGAUUGACCCCAAGGCCGUCCAGGAUCUCGAAUUGGCCUUGCAGCAAACGUCGAGUAUGCUCGAGGGAUUAACAUCACACACCCAACAAGUUUGUUACUGGCCUGAAACGCCCGAUGGAAUGCCCAUUCUGGACUGCCUUGACAAUAAUAAUGAUGAUGACGAAGCUUUUCUCGGCGGCAAAAGAUCCAUCUACGUGGCAGCCGGUCACUCUGUUUGGGGCAUCUUACAAGGUCCAAUUAGUGGCAAGGCCAUGUCGGAACUCAUUCUAGAUGGAGAGGCCUCUUGCAUCGACUUGACGCCGUUUCAGUUGGAACGAUUCAUGUAUGACAACGACAACGAUGAUGGUAGUUCUAGUUCUAGUUCCAGUUCUAGUUCUAGCGAUGACGAAAUAUAUUGA